AUGGGUAUUCACGGUGAAAUACAAGGAUGGAUACAAGCAAAGUCAGUCGAAUCAUACCUUGUUCAUCAAAACAACUUUAAACAAGAAGGCUAUGUUGAUAGUCUUGUAGAUGCUAUCAUCAUAACUGGUGAUGACUCUGUGGAGAUAGAAAGAUUGAAGAAGUUACUAGCAAGGGAAUUUGGGACAAAAGACUUGAUAAAUUUGCGAUAUUUCUUAGGCAUGAAGGUUGCAAGGUCGAAAGAAGGGAUAAUGUUCAAUCAAAGAAAGUACACUCUAGAUCUACUAUCAGAGACAAGAAUGAUGAGAUGCAAGCCAGCCGAAACACCCAUGCAUGCAAAUCUUAAGUUAAAAAGAGAAGAAUUGGGAAGUCCAUAUUGUGAGUCGAUAUAUGAACGAUCCAAGAGAAGAACAUUUGGAGACCAUGAACUGAAUCCUGAGAUACUUGAAAUUGACACCGGACAUGGAUUGAUUUUCAGGAAGAGUAAAGAUAGAACGGUGAAAAUAUUCUCUGUUUCGAGUUGGGCAGGAGAAUUAACUGAUAGAAUAUCUACAACCGAUUAUUGUUCGUUUGUUUGGGGAAAUCUUGUCACUUGGAGAAGUAAAAAGUGGGUUGUGGUCUCUUGA